GGCUUGCAUGCGAAGAACAACUUCGAAGUACGGCCUCUAACCGGGACUACCACGAGAAACACGUGACGGAAAACCAUGAACCACGACCAAACAAAACACCGCAUAUGAACAAUAAACACAUCAACAAGCGGAAACAUUUCAGUAUCAUUUAACUUUAAACUGACAGUUCACGAUCAUUCCUAUUUUUUCAUUCUAUGAUUAAAUGAAAUUUGUUUUGCGGUUUUUUCAGCAACAAUCAUGAAUAUUCAAAAGUAUUGUGCGUGAGGUUAGUUGUGCAUGAGCAGAGCCAUGUAUUCGCCUGCAUAAUUAUGGUAUCAAGAGGCAUGGAUCCGAACGUUUCAUUACCUUUGUACUCGCUGUUUUUUGUUGUCGCUGAAAUUAUAAUCCCCGCAUAUGGACUAGAACUUGGAUUAUGUGGCUCGGCCUUAGGAAUGGAAUCGGGGGCCAUCAAGGACUCCGCAAUAACGGCCAGCUCGGCGUACGAUUCCGGUAGCGUAGGGCCCCAACACGGAAGACUUCGAAAUGAUAAAAACGGUGGAGCCUGGUGUCCGAGACAGAUGGUUUCACGCGAUGCCAAGGAAUAUUUGGAGAUCAGCCUGGAUGGAUUGUAUGUGAUAACAGCUGGAAAGACGCAGGGGCGCUUCGGGAAUGGACAAGGUCAGGAAUAUGCCGAGGAAUAUAUGAUAGAAUAUUGGCGUCCCGGAUUCGCAAAGUGGAUCAGAUGGAAAAAUCGAGAUGGCAAAGAGUUGUUAUCCGGUAAUACGAACACAUAUACUGUGGUCGAGCAGAAGUUAGAUCCUCCAAUUAUCGCAACGAAAAUCCGCAUGCUUCCAUACAGCGAUCACGUCAGAACAGUUUGCAUGAGGGUGGAACUAAUAGGAUGCAAAUGGACAGAUGGCUUGUUGUCAUACACUGUCUCUCAGGGAUUAAAACGGGGCCCCGAAAUGGAUUUGUCAGAUCGGACGUACGACGGACGGGAAAAAGACGGAAUACUUUCGGAGGGUUUAGGGCAAUUGGUGGAUGGACAGAAAGGCCAGGACAAUUUCAGGCUAGACACAGGGCACGGCAAAGGGUACGAGUGGGUCGGAUGGCGGAACGACACCCCCGGCUGGGCAGGUUAUCCCCUCGAAAUAGUAUUCGCAUUUGAUAAAGUUCGCAACUUUAGUGCCGCUCAUCUGCAUACCAAUAAUUUAUUCACCAAAGACGUGCAGGUGUUUUCCCAUGCGAGGAUUUUCUUCAGUUUCGGAGGAAACGUGUACAACGGGGAACCGGUAUAUUUUUCUUACAUGCCCGAUGUGGUCAUGGAGCACGCACGGAAUGUCACGGUGAAAUUGCAUAAUCGGGUCGGUCGAUUUAUAAAGUUGCAGUUGUACUUCGCAUCCAGAUGGAUCCUCCUCAGCGAAAUAUCCUUCGAUUCCGUUCCUGUGAGCGGGAACUACUCGGAUGGGGAGGAGGACGUUUCCAUUUCGGAAACGGAUAAUGAGACCGGCAAGGAAUAUCCACUGCAGCGUGACGAAGUGAAAACCGUAUCGAGCAAAAGCAAUCGAAAUACAAUCACGACGACGGAUGGGGGAGGAGGAGGAGGUCACGGCGAAGAACAGAACGCUUACAUCGGCUUCAUCAUUGGAAUAUUAACCGUUGUCAUAUUGAUAUUGGUGGCAGCGAUAGUCUUCAUCGUUUUACGCAAUCAGAAGCUGAAGACGUCUGCGGCCCACACGGAGAUCCCCAGGCGCGACAAGCAGUUUGGAGAUGGCGGCGACCUCAAGCUGGAUGAAUGCGAUAAAUCGGUUCUCUAUCAGGAGAGUUUGCGGUCCGUGUACGCUCGUCAGUCGCAUCCUCAUAGUCCGGAUUACACAGAAGUACCAGACGUGGUAUGUCAGGAAUAUGCAACGCCCCACAUGCACAGGGACUACACGUCGAGUUCCCUGUCACGACCGCCGCCGCCUCUGCAGAACUUCCUACCGAAACCGCCUCCGAUCCCGCCGCCACCUGAAAGUUAUUACGUAACCUCGCCGGAUUUGUGCAACCCGAUUGCCAUGCUGCCGUCACCGCUGCUGUCUCCCUCAUCAUUGGGUCUAACCGCAUCGAAGAUGAGUCGUCACUUCAUGUUACCCCUGAGCCCGGAGCCGAAUGAUUGCAUCCGCCACGUCGAUGGUCCCAAUGAUGAUGACGACGAGGACGAUGAGGACGACCGGGACGACAUCGAAAUUGAAAUCUUCCCACGCGAGCAAUUGCAGAUAAUCGAAAAGCUAGGCGAAGGAUACUUCCGCGACGUGCAUCUGUGCAAAGUGCAUAACUACAGUGAGUUUAAACUGGUCGUGGUGCAAACCCUGAGACUGGAGAGUUACCGUGAAGAGUUCUGCAAGGAGGUGCACGCCUUAGCAAGGAUGAAGGACUGCAAUAUCGCUAGGUUGUUGGGAGCUUGUUUGGACAGUGAACCGAUUUGUGCGGUGCGGGAGUACGACGAAAUGGGAGACCUGUGCCAGUUUUUGCAGGAGCACGUAGCUGAAACUGUUGGCCCGAUUGCCUCCAACGCAAAUACAUUAAGUUAUGGUUGUCUGAUAUACAUGGCCACGCAGAUCGCCUCCGGAAUGAAGUGUCUCGAGGACCUGAAAUACGUCCACAAGGAUUUGGCGACGAGGAACUGCUUGGUUGGUCACAGGUACUCUAUUAAGAUAUCCGACGUCGGCACUUAUCGCCACAUCUAUGUAUCCGAUUACUGCCAGAUUGAUGAUUCCAAGCUCGUUCCGAUUAGGUGGGCCGCGUGGGAGAGCGUCUUACUGAACAAGUACACUUCUAAGAGUGACGUGUGGGCGUUUGGCGUGACGUUAUGGGAAAUAUUGACGUUCGCCAGGGAGCAACCCUUCGAAGAGCUGAGCGAUGAGAAGGUUAUCGAAAAUGUCACUCACUUCUAUCAAGAUAAUGGCAAGCAUGCUUUACUAAAUGUACCCAUCAACUGUCCCAAGGAGAUAUUCGAUCUGAUGUGCGAAUGCUGGCAGAGAAACGAGUCCGACCGACCGAACUUCAGGGAGAUCCAUUUGUUUCUGCAGAGGAAGAACCUAGGAUACACGUCCGAUCUGCACUGACGUUUACUACUAGCGGACAUUAACGACAAUAAUAUUAGAAAGACGUGAUAUAUUUGCACAUUUAAUAAAGGCGGCUGUUUUCGUAUUUUAGGUGUAUGAGAGAUUGUUAUUAACGAAGUCGAUAUAUAUAUAAAUAAUCUUGAGCUUGGAUUUAACAUUUUUCAUUUGAUUUUUGUCGCUGUGGUCCUCGAUCUUUUUUUGCGUCUAGACAAUUAUAUAUGAAACAUUUCGUAAAAGGAAUGUAUAUCAAUAUUGCUGCUUAUUAUACUCUCUUUAUAUCUGCCUCUGCCUGUCUCGAUACGUUUAUGGAAUCAGUUUAAUUAUUCAGAGCCUGCUUUGUAUACCUUUCCAAUAUAGAGCUAUUGGUUUUCUGCUCCAGUGCCUUUCACGUUUUGCACUCUUAUGAGUAUAAUAUCGCUGUUUUAGAGGACUCAUGUCUAGGGCAAAGGGCAAAAUAAAUGGAAAAUACAAACUAAUUAAGUAAGAAGAAAAUAUAUAUUAUAUUACAAAAAAAUACUCUCUUCCAAUUUACUGGCUGGCGUUAUAAUUACAACAUAGGGAUAUAUCAUUUAUUUUCAUUUAUUGUACGGAAAUAAAAUAAUUUAUACUAUAUGAAUGCCAAUUCAAUCAAUCAUAGUUAUAGAUAACGAAGAAAUGAUAAUAUAUUUAAAAAAAAUAAUAGUUAUAUAUACAUAUAUAAGAUGAUAAGUUAUAUAAUCUACAGCAGUUGUGCGACUGAACCAGCGAGUGCAAACUUUCUUUUGUGAAGAAGGAUAUAACCAUAUCAUUUAUACUUUGUUAAAGGGCGCAACAUGAUAUGUAAAUAAUGUAUGUAAGAUUAUUAUCAUUAUUAUAUGCAUGGACGUUUUGUUUUCAAUUUUCUUUUUUAUACUGUUUAAUAAACGACAAUGACGAUGACGAAUAUGUAUGAAGAUAACAAAAGAAAAUGAGAUAAAAGAUAUACUAACUUAUUAUGGAUUGUUAAAACUCUGGUAAAAUUGGACCAAAUAAAAAUUGAGUACUAUGAAA